CCCUUCACCUGCCAGAGGAAGGAGCGUGGCUAAAAAGGAUUUGCUCCUUCUGGUCCUAGCUGCUCCGCUCGCAAGCUGCCCCUCACCUCAGUUCCCUUCUCCUGGGAUAUAUUUAGAAAUCACUAGGGAAGAAAAUCAUCAGGCACUGAAAACAAUGACUGCCCUGUCUAACAGUACUGCCUCAUACCCCUUGCUUUCUGAGCCAUUAGAAGAAUACGUCCAAAGAGGCAACCAUUCCUCAAGUGCUAUAGCUCACAAUGCUGGUGCUGAGUUGGAAGCCCUGUACAUCCUCAUAGUGCUUGGUUUCUUUGGCUUCUUCACCUUGGGCAUCAUGCUGAGCUAUAUCCGCUCCAAAAAACUGGAGCAUUCCCAUGAUCCAUUCAACAUAUACAUUGAGUCAGACAUAUGGCAUAAGAAGGACAAAGCAUAUUUCCAAGCCAGGAUUCUGCAAAGCUACAAGGGAUGCUAUAUCAUUGAAAACCAGUUUGUGGCUGAACAGCCCAGUAUAUACAUUCCAGAAGAAAAGCCCUUGUCCUAAAGGGUGAGAUUUUACCAGAAAUCUCAUUAUCAUGUAGAUUGAUUCAGCUUAGAUACUUAAGCACCCUUAGGUGCUUCUCCCCUCUGCCUGGGGACUGGAGGGCGGAGCAAUAAACUCCUUUCCAAACCUCUCUUCAUAGAGGGCCCAAAGUUGUCCACUGUCUUCAUUUCCCAUAAACUACUCUGCUUAGUUUCAGUUCCACAGCAUGGCCUAGCACCAGGUACUGUCUGGUUGUCCUGUCUCCAGCCCCUACUUUUUUCAGCUUCCUUUUGUGUACUGUUUCUUCUACUAGAUUGUAAGCCCCUUUAGGGCAGACUU